UCGUUCCAAUCCUCGUUUCUAUUCCCACACCGUUUUCGAGCACUUGACGCUUCUCUGCUACUCUUCUUCUCAAGUUACAAUCCCAACAAGAUUCCACAGCUCAAUGCAACUUCUGUUCUUAAAGCGGAAUCAAUCAACCCUCCACCCAGCUUGUUAUUAAGACAAUUUGCUAGUUAAUGUUUUUCCUCAAACCGUUCUGAGUAGGCUACUUUUCGACAGGUGUUUUGGGCAGAGUGCCCGGAAUAAAAAAUGUCCAAUGGGAAAAAUGCACCUGCGGCGGCGAACUCCUCACAGAUGACCCUGCAGGUGUGCCUUGAGGAGUGUAUGGAGGCCCUGGACCUCUUCCUCAACAACCACUUCAGUGAGAGCCUGGACAAACUGCGGCCACGGGUGAAAGAGAGCAUGUACCAUGCUCUGAUCUACGCCACUGUUCUGGAGAUGCAGGCUAUGAUGACCUUCCAGCAGGAUGACAUCGUCAAUGCAGGCAACACCAUGAAGAGUGCCCAGGAGGUCUGCCAGAGGUUUCGACGAAAGUCCCCUAGCAAUAUCAGUAAAUCACCCGGAGAGCGUCUAACUGAAGAGCAGCUCCAAGCUCUCCAUGCUGAUGCGUGUUAUGCUGAAUGCUUGCUCCAAAGGGCUGCUCUCACCUUCCUACAGGAUGAGAACAUGGUGAGUUUUAUCAAAGGAGGAAUCAAAGUACGCAACAGUUAUCUGAUUUACAAGGAGCUGCACACCUUCCUACAGUCUAACAGCUCUCUCCUUGGACCCAACCACAUUCACUUAGAGGGAGGGGUGUCUUUUGGGAUCGGAGCAUUCAACUUGACUCUUUCCAUGUUUCCACCUCGGUUACUCAAAGUUUUAGAGUUUGCUGGCUUCUCUGGAGACAAGGAGUAUGGUCUGUCCCAGCUGAAUGAUGGUGCCACUACAAACAACCUGCGUUCCAUGCUGUGUGCCUUGCUGUUGCUCUGUUACUACACCUUCCUCACCUUCAUACUCGGGACCGGUGAGGGGGACGUGGCUGAUGCUGAGAAGCUGCUGAAGCCUUUCCGGCUCCGCUACCCACAGGGGGCCAUAUUUCUCUUCUUUGCAGGUAGGGCUGAGGCAAUCAAGGGGAACAUUGAUGAGGCGGUGGUGCUGUUUGAGGAUGGCUGCAAAGCUCGGCAGCAGUGGAAGCAGUUUCACCACAUGUGCUACUGGGAGCUGAUGUGGUGCUUCACCUACAAGUGCGUGUGGCGGAUGGCCUACUUUUAUGCUGAUCUACUGAGCAAUGAGAGCCGCUGGUCCAAGGCCAUGUAUGUGUACAUGAAGGCUGCUUACCUGAGCAUGCUUGCUCCGGGGGAGGCUAGGCCUUUUGGAGAAGAUGAGGUGGAGCUUUUCAGACAGGUGUCCACCUUCAAGCAAAAGAUAGCAGGGAAGUCUCCACCCACAGAGAAGUUUGCCAUUCGCAAGGCUAGACGUUACAAAGCUAGCUGCCCAGUGAGGCUCCCAGUACCUGUGCUGGAGAUGAUGUACAUGUGGAACGGCUUCUCCAUGAUCAGCAAGCGGCCAGAGCUGACCGAGGGCAUGCUGCAGACACUGGUGGAGGCAGAGCGCACCCUGCUGGAAUUUCCCGCGAAUGAGUAUUUAGUGGAUGACCGCUGUGUGAUCCACCUACUGAAGGGGCUGUGUCUGAAGAACCAGGGACACAUUCAGGCUGCAGAGGAAUGCUUCAGCAAGGUGUACAACAGUGAGAAGAAGAUCAAGUUUGACCAUUACCUGGUGCCCAACGCUCUGCUGGAGCUCAGUGUGGUCUACAUAGACACCGGCCGCAAGGAGGAGGCCAUCAAACUACUGGUGAAAGCCAAAACUAACUACAAGGAGUACUCUAUGGAGUCACGCACACAGUUCAGGAUCCAUGCUGCUCUCUCCAAACUCAAGGCUGACACUAGUGACCAAGAUGAAAUCACACCACUGUAGUAUAACAGGUGUCAUUGUGCUCACCACGCACUGGACUUGCUUCCCCUGCCAUGUGUAGAUGUUCCAGGAAGACCUGCUCUCUUUUUUUUAAUCCUCAGCCACUUUGAUCACUGCCUCAAUGUUACUUGCUUUGUGGUGAAAGUCUCUGUCCUUCAUGGAUGGUGGUCUCUCCCUGAUUUAAAACACUUGAGUUUUGAAUGGGAGUUGGUAAAAGUUGCCUCUACCUGCUGGUUCUAGGUCAGGCAUUAUAUCCACCUACUGGGUGAUGAACACCCUGAUCCUACAUCUGUGGUUAGGUUCGGCUUCUAUCUUCAGUGUUUGAAUGUGUGGUACUUACAUCACUGCACUGGUAACCCAUAACAGUAGAUGGGAGGCAGUUGAUCAAAACAAUUUGAAUACAUUAUAUCUACAUUUUUUUGUGGGGAAAAACAUGUUGAAAUGAACUUAUUAACAAUGUAAGUAAUGUUUGUAUGUUCUGAUGUGAGGUAGAGUUUUGCUUUUAACUUCUCCAAAAGUGAUUGAGUAUUACUGUAAGCAUUUUGACAAAGCACCCCUUUAGUGAUAACUGAAUAAGACAGACAUAUGACUACAUAACGUAUGACAUUGCUUUGAUCCGAGUUAUUUUAACAAAUGUAUUAACAUUUAUGUAUAGUGGAUGUAGAAGAACCUUAAUAAUCAAUAGGUCAUGCUGCAGUUGAAGUCAGAAGUUUACAUACACCUUAGCCAAAUACAUUUAAACUCAGUUUUACACAAUUCCUGACAUUUAAUCCUAGUAAAAAUUCCCUGUCUUAGGUCAGUUAGGAUCACCACUUUAUUUUAAGAAUGUGAAAUGUCAGAAUAAUAGGAGAGAGAAUUAUUUAUUUCAGAUUUUAUUUCUUUCAUCACAUUCCCAGAGGGUUAGAAGUUUACAUGCACUCAAUUAGUAUUUGGUAGGAUUGCCUUUAAAUUGUUUAACUUGGGUCAAAUGUUUUGGAUAGCCUUCCACAAGCUUCCCACAAUAAAUUGGGUGGAUUUUGGCCCAUUCCUCCUGACAGAGUUGGUGUAACUGAGUCAGGUUUGUAGGCCUCCUUGCUCACACAUGAAUUUUCAGUUCUGCCCACAAAUUUUCUAGAGGAUUGAGGUCAGGGCUUUGUGAUGGCCACUCCAAUAUCUUGACUUUGUUGUCCUUAAGCCAUUUUGCCACAACUUUGAAAGUAUGCUUGGGGUCAUUGUCCAUUUGGAAGACCAUUUGCGACCAAGCUUUAACUUUCUGACUGAUGUCUUGAUGUUGCUUCAAUAUAUCCACAUAAUUUUCCAUCUUCAUGAUGCCAUCUAUUUUGUGAAGUGCACCAGUCCCUCCUGCAGCAAAGCACCCCCACGACAUGAUGCUCCCACCCCCGUGCUUCACGGUUGGGAUGGUGUUUUUCGGCCUGCAAGCCUCCCCCUUUUUCCUCCAAACAUAACGACGGUCAUUAUGGCCAAACAGUUCUAUUUUUGUUUCAUCAGACCAGAGGACAUUUCUCCAAAAAGUACGAUCUUUGUCCCCAUGUGCAUUUGCAAACCGUAGUCUGGCUUUUUUUUAUGGCGGUUUUGGAGCAGUGGCUUCUUCCUUGCUGAGUGGCCUUUCAGGUUAUGUCGAUAUAGGACUCGUUUUACUGUGGAUAUAAAUACUUUGUACCCGUUUCCUCCAGCAUCUUCACAAGGUCCUUCGCUGUUCUGGGAUUGAUUUGCCCUUUUCGCACCCAAGUACAUUCAUCUCUAGGAGACAGAAUGAGUCUCCUUCCUGAGCGGUAUGACGGCUGCGUGGUCCCAUGGUGUUUAUACUUGCAUACUAUUGUUUGUACAGAUGAACGUGGUACCUUCAGGCGUUUGGAAAUUGCUCCCAAGGAUGAAGCAGACCUGUAGAGGUCUACAAUUUAUGAUUACUUUUGAUUUUCCCAUGAUGUCAAGCAAAAAGACACUGAGUUUGAAGGUAGGCCUUGAAAUACAUCCACAGGUACACCUCCAAUUGACUCAAAUUAUGUCAAUUAGCCUGUCAAAUGGUUCUAAAGCCAUGACAUUUUCUGGAAUUUUCCAAGCUGUUUAAAGACACAGUCAACUUAGUGUAUGUAAACUUCUGACCAACUGGAAUUGUGAUACAGUGAAUUAUAAGUGGAAUCUGUCUUUAAACAAUUGUUGAAAAAAUUACUUGUCAUGCACAAAGUAGAUGUCCUAACCAACUUGCUAAAACUAUAGUUUGUCAACAAGAAAUGUGUGGAGUGGUUGGAGACACUUAGGUUGGAGUCAUUUAAACUCAUUUAUGUAAACUUCCAACUUUAACUGUAUGUUGUCCCUGCUGCAAACUACAGAGGAAAGUAGUCAGUUGAAAUAAGUUUAACCUCUGAUAUUCAUUACUUCAAAUAAAGUUUAGACUGUCACUCAAGACCUUGUACAAAGAAAGGCGUGGUUAAAAGAUUUGAAAAACAUGAUUAAAUAUGUCCAUUUGCUACAA